AUGGCGGGCCAAACGUCGAGGGUAAUGUUCAACGAUAUAUAUGAAUUAAAAGAAGAGUUAGGAAAGGGUGCAUUUUCAAUUGUCAGAAGAUGUGUUCAGAAAUCUACAGGCUUGGAAUUUGCUGCAAAAAUAAUAAAUACUAAGAAAUUAUCUGCAAGAGAUCAACAGAAAUUAGAAAGAGAAGCAAGGAUAUGUAGGCUAUUAAAACAUCCAAAUAUAGUUAGAUUACAUGAUAAUAUACAAGAUGAAGGUUUCCAUUAUCUAGUGUUUGAUCUAGUCACUGGGGGUGAAUUAUUUGAAGAUAUUGUAGCUAGAGAAUUUUAUAGUGAAGCAGAUGCCAGUCACUGUAUACAACAAAUAUUAGAAGGGGUAAAUCAUUGCCAUCAAAAUGUUGUCAUACACAGAGAUUUAAAGCCAGAGAAUCUAUUAUUAGCUAGUAAGGCUAAGGGUGCUGCUGUUAAACUUGCUGACUUUGGUUUAGCUAUUGAAGUACAAGGAGAUCAACAUGCAUGGUUUGGCUUUGCUGGUACACCAGGUUAUUUAUCACCUGAAGUUAUUAGAAAAGAUCCCUAUGGUAAACCUGUAGAUAUUUGGGCUUGUGGUGUUAUAUUGUAUAUUCUACUAGUAGGAUAUCCACCUUUCUGGGAUGAAGAUCAACACAGACUCUACGCUCAGAUCAAAUCAGGGGCUUAUGAUUAUCCUUCCCCAGAAUGGGAUACAGUCACACCAGAAGCUAAAAAUCUCAUCAAUAGUAUGCUCACAGUUAAUCCUGCAAAACGAAUUAAUGCAUCAGAAGCACUUAAACAUCCGUGGAUUUGUCAGCGUGAAAGAGUUGCUGCUGCAGUACACCGCCAAGAAACAGUUGAUUGUUUGAAGAAGUUUAAUGCCAGACGAAAACUUAAGGGUGCCAUAUUAACCACCAUGUUGGCAACUAGGAAUUUUUCAAGUCGAAGUUUAAAUGUUAAAAAGAAUGAUGCUAUAAAGGAAUCUACAGAUAGCAGUACUAUAGAAGAUGAGGAUAGUAAAAGUCGAAAGCAAGAAGUGAUUAAACUAACAGAACAGUUAUUACAAGCUAUAACUAGUGGAGAUUUUGAUACUUACACGAAAUUGAUAGAUCCUAAUUUGACCAGUUUUGAACCAGAAGCUCUAGGAAAUCUUAUAGUUGGUAUGGACUUCCAUAAAUUUUAUUUUGAUCAUGUCUUGUCAAAAAAUAAUAAGGCUGUGAACACAAGCAUCAUAAGUCCUCAUGUACAUUUACUAGGUGAAGAUUCUGCAUGUAUUGCUUAUGUUAGACUUACACAAUACAUUGACAGAAAUGGCCUUCCUGUCACAAUGCAAUCAGAAGAGACAAGAGUUUGGCAAAGGAAAGAAAACAAAUGGCAGAAUGUCCAUUUUCAUCGUUCAGGAAGUGCUUCAACACCACAUUCUAAAUAG